ACGAACCGAACAUCAAAGAACCGCGCACUGGCUUAGGGGUGUAGUGAACAAACGCGUCGUUUGUUGGAGCAGCGUUUGUUUUGCCUUACGUCUUUACUAAAGGUAUCUGUGAAAGCCAAGAAAGAGAGAAAGUCGACACAAUAACAGCAGAAUGAAUGAGUCAGAGGGACUGCGCUUCAGGAGGCUGAACAGACCUCAAAUAAUUACAGACGAAACCCAUGAACCACAGAACAAAACCACAAGCACUUACAGUGGGAAGGUGUUUCGUGUCACAUUACUGACAUUAGUGGCUUUCCUGCUCUUCCCUCUGCUGGUGGUCACUUUCCUGCUGGAGUCUCCCAUUCAACCAGAGCUCUUCAGUCUCGGUGAACCCCCUCUGAUGACUGGCUGUUACGAGCCCAACCUUAAACUCAGACAGGCAGAGCGACUGUUUGAGGAUCGGCUUAUCGGCCCAGAAUCCCUCGCUAACAUUGGAGAUGUUUUCUACACUGGGACGGCUGAUGGGAAGAUCGUCAAAAUCGAGGGAAGGAACAUUCAUGUCUUAGCAACACUUGGCAAGCCACCAUGUGGCUCUCGAGAGUAUGAGCACACUUGUGGACGUCCUCUGGGAAUCCGGCUGGGGCCCAACGGCACCUUGUUUGUAGCCGAUGCCUAUUUGGGACUGUUUGAGGUCAAUCCUGUCACAGGUGAGGUGAAGUCUCUGGUGAGCACGGAGAAGAUGAUCGGUGGUCGGCGUCUGGGUUUUGUCAAUGAUCUGGAUGUAACUCAGGAUGGGAAGAAGCUGUACUUCACAGACUCCAGCAGCAGAUGGCAGCGCAGAGACUUCAUGCACCUGAUCAUGGAGGCCACGGCAGACGGACGUGUUUUAGAGUAUGAUAUGGAGACUAAGGAAGUGACUGUGGUGAUGGAGAACCUGAGGUUUCCAAACGGCAUCCAGCUCUUCCCUGAUGAGGUGUCUGUCCUGGUGGCUGAGACCACAAUGGCCAGAAUACGGAGAGUGCAUGUGUCUGGUCUUAAUAAAGGAGGUAUGGAUACAUUCAUAGACAACCUCCCGGGGUUUCCUGACAACAUUCGGCGCAGUUCUUCCGGUGGAUACUGGGUCUCCAUGUCUGCUGUGAGACCCAACCCUGGCUUCUCCAUGCUGGACUUCCUGUCUCAAAGACCCUGGUUAAAGAAGCUCAUAUUUAAGCUCUUCAGUCAGGACACUCUGUUGAAGUUCGUGCCGCGCUACAGUCUGGUGGUGGAGCUGCAGGACGGAGGGACGUGCGUGCGCAGCUUCCACGACCCACACGGCAUGGUGGCGGCGUACAUCAGCGAGGCACACGAGUACAACGGCCACCUGUACCUGGGCUCCUUCCGCUCGCCGUAUCUGUGCAAGCUGGAUCUGAGCAAAGUGUGAACACAUCACCAGUCUAACAGAUGCUCCACUUGAGUCAUUUCACUCUGGCUUCCAAACUAACAGAUUUCCAAGCAAUUACCGUUGGCAAACAUCAACAAAACACAUAUUAACAUCUUCCAUAUCACAGCCAGCACUGAACAAAAGCAGUCCCUUCAUUUGAUCACCAUUCUCUUCAUUUAGCUCUGACAGAUGCCUUUAUUUUUGUUCCAUUAACCCAUGUAGGCGACUUUCUUUUUUUAGCAUAAUAAUCUCUCUGACUGGCUGUUUUUGAAAUCAAAAGAUGUGCCAUUGCUAUUUUUGUUUCUCCCCCUUGUGACAGGAUUUAUGCAGGUUUUGUCCUUGUUUAAUUUGCACUGAAAGUCGUCUGGCUCUUAAAAUAGAGCUGCCAUCAUCUGUGAUAUGAAAGUGGUAAAAACAAUAAUAAUUUCUGUGGGUGGCGGUUUGGGGGAAGUGAAAGUGUAUUUUCAUUUCAUUAUAAAAUGAAUCUCCUGAAACACACAGCUAUAAUUAUCUCUGGCUUUAAAAAUGUUUUGGUUUAUUUUCAAUUGAAUGGUUGAAAGUAUUCAUUUUGUUCUUAUGUGUCAUCAUUAUUAUUUGUAUAUGUUGCUGAAAUGAGAUAAAUGCUGCUGGCUUUAUAGGAUUUACCACACCUUUACAUAAGUAUCUGUGUGUUUUCCAUUCAUAUUUAUAUGAUGUCUAUAAGAAUUAUCAGCAAUAAUGUCAUAUACAGUAACAGUGGUUCUCAACUGGUGGAUCGUGGCUCACUUUGUGGGACAAAAAGAACCGUGUUAAAUGGAAAAAAAUGGAGUAUUGCCUAGUUGGGAAAGCAAAAUAAAUUGGAUUGAAGGAGUAGUUCAUUGAAAUUUCCUGAUAAUUCACCGACAGGACAUCAAGGAUGUAGAUUCGUUUGUUUCUGAAGAACAGAUUUGGAGAAAUGUAGCAUCUCAUUACUUGCUCAUCAAUGGAUCCUCUGCAGUCAAUGGGUGCCGUCAGAUUGAGAGCUGAUAAAAAAACACACCACUAUAAUCCACACGACUAGUCUGUUAAUGAAUGUUUUGGGAAGUGAAAAACUGUAAGAAGCAAAUCCAUUAAGGUGUUCAAACAUCAAAUUGUUGCUUCUGGCUAAAGUAGUCGUUGAUCCAUGUUUUCUCCAGUGAAAAAGUUGUUUUGUCUGAAUCAGAAGAGAAAUCUGCACAGAUCAAGCUUUUUAAACAAA